CAAAGAUGGCCGACUAAGAAUUCACUUAACUUGUUCUGAUUAUUUUGUUAAGUAACAAGUUUGUGAACACAGUCUUCGAGAUACUUGCAAAACGUUUAAAUUAACGUCGAUUUUUGUUCUGAAGAACUGCCGUCAUGCAGAGCGGGUCGUCGGCAUGCAGUUCAGUGGCUGCGGAGCCAUCGAUGUACAGACACAGACCAGCUUCAGAGAAAACGCAGGACAUCUCCCAUUUAUUUGCCAGCAUCUUCAAGGAUCUGUACACCACUGACGUUAUAGGAAAGGACACUGUAGCCAACCUUGAGAAAUCAUGCAGGAGAGGAAAUAGCUACCAUGACAAAUACGUGGGAGAGCUUCAAAAGGUUCUUUCGGAAUACAGCAGGAGGAUUGCAGAAGCUGACAUGCUGGAGCAACACAUCAUCCAGGCCCGAGCUCGAGCCACAGCUCUGGAGGAGAGAGCUCUGAACAGGGCCAUCGAGGAGGUGGGAGACGUCUACCACAGGCUGGGCCUGCCUUCCGUUGAAUGGCCCUUCCGGUGGUGCGUGGAUAAUAAACUCCUGCAAAAACACAACUUGAUCUGCCCAGAGGACUAUAUUAAAGAGCAGCCACUGCUGACAACAGCUCCCAGAGGGAAAUCAGCUGCAGGCUUUACCAACUUAACCUUGAGUUUCCAAAAGCACGUCUGCACUGUGCUUCCACCCCCUGAAGAAAGUGCAGAGAGAUUGCUGGAGGGGUCAGAGCUUUCUCUAACUCUGCCUCCCUCUCCUGAACACAUCGAGAGGACAACAAAAUCGUCAAGCCAAAAACAGAGUGUGGCCAAAAAGCCUGCGUGGAAGGAUGAGAUGAGUGAAAGUGACCGAGUUCAGGAGCGAGCAGACCUCGCUAACCUUGACAAGCGCCACAACUUUAUAAAGAACCCCCGCUUCCAGCCUCCGCACAUCCAGCGCGGUGGGAAAUCCCUGAUCGUUCCCCCAAGAAAGGUGGAGAGGAUGGUGGCUGGCAGGAGAGUGGUGGUGGAGGAAAGGGAUCCCUAUGAACCCAUUCCAGUUUUUCUUGCCAAUCCACCUGUUGUGUUCUUCACAAACUAUCGAGUCGGACAGAUUUAUGAGACCAGUGUGGAACUGCGAAAUCUGACCUCCAGCAGCCGCCCCCUCCGGGUCAUCCCCCCCUCCACUCCACACUUUUCUAUUGGUCUUGGGAAGUUUCCAGGAGAAGGUGGCCUUGUUGCCCCUGGAAUGAGCUGCCUGUACACAAUCCGGUUUGCCCCUGACUCCCAGGCGGACUACGAGGACUUCAUUUUAGUAGAGACACAGACCCCUUACCCACUGCUGGUGCCCAUUGAAGCCAGGUGCCCUCCUCCUAUAUUAACACUGCCCAGUGUGUUAGACUGUGGCUAUUGUCUGGUCAGCGGUGUGAAGGUUGUGGAGUUUCUCUGCAGGAAUGAAGGGCUCAGUGCUGGGAGGUUCUGCAUCAUGCCAAAGAGCGUAUGGCCAGCUACUAACUUCAGGCCUGUGGCCUCAGCUGGUUUUGUUGAGCAGCUUCCCUUUGUAAUCAGACCGAAUGUGUUUGAACUACACCCAGGCCAGACUACAGCUAUUGAGGUCCUGUUUCUCCCAUCCUCAUCUGAUGUCUUUAAGCAAACGUUUACCAUUGUAUGUGACAACUGCCAAGUCAAAGAUAUUGCAGUCACAGGGACAGGACAGUUGAUCGCACUGCAGUUAACGUCUGUUACCGGAGGAGAGGACAUCCCCAUCCCAGGGGAGCUCACAGAUCUGACUGCUGAACACUUCAUACGUUUUGGAGCUCUUAACCCCCACUCAGGGGAGCAGAAGAAGGUGGUCAUCAGGAAUGCCACACACUUGGAGCUGCCUUUCCAUUGGCAGAUAAUGAAACCAAAUCUGAAGCCUUUAAUGCCCGGAGAAGCCAUUGAACCAGACAGGAUUGAGUACAACCUGGCCACGGACAAAGCAUUCAAUAUGAGUCCUGGGCAGGGGAUCCUAGCUCCCCACCACGACCAUGACUUCAUACUGAGCUACUGCCCACACGAGCUGAAGGAUUAUCACAGUGUGUGUCACCUGGUCCUGAGAGACAUCCCAGAACCUAAAAAGAGUGCAGCCAGUGGUACAGAAAAGCAAGUGAAAUCCAGUGCCCGAGCAGGGGGACAAGCUGCAGUGAACGAUGUCAUUGUGAUGGAGAUCGAGGUGAAAGGGUCAACUCAGCCCCUCAAGGUCCUGCUGGAGCCCUAUGCCAUUUUCAUCCCUGGAGAGAACUUCAUCGGGACCACAAUCAAGAAGCGUUUUAAGAUGUGGAACAACAGCAUUGCACACAUCACAUUCGACUGGGAAAGGAUCAGUGACUGCCACAUACUGGAAGUAGAGCCCCUGACUGGAGUAAUAGAGCCCAACGAGUGCUGUGAUUUGGAGCUGGCGUUGACGGGAGGAAAGCCUGGCAGCAGCACUUUGAGCCUGCUGUGUCACAUUGAGCACCACCCUGAACCUGUCACGCUGCAUGUGGAGGCUGCCUUUAAGGGCCCCCAGGUGUGUAUUGACCUCCCUUCUCUAGACCUGGGUCUAAUGAAGCUGGGAGACUCUGCUCUUAGCACCAUCCAGCUCAACAACAUCAGCCAGCUGGCAGCCAGCUGGAGCCUGCAGGAGUGCCCCAGUGACCAGCCAGAGGUGUCCCAGUUUGUGAUCGACCCCUGCAGUGGAAUGCUGCCCCCUCUGGGCAGUUGUAGUGUUUCUGUCCUUUUCACCCCCUCCAAGUGUCAGCAUUUCCAGACGGUUCUGCAGCUGAGCGUGGAAAACGGAGCAGGAUGUCACCUAGCUGUUCAGGCUGACAUCCAGAAGCCCCGGGUGUGCCUGCAAACCUGUGAGCUGGUGUUCCAAGAGAUGUACGUGGGCGUGCCAGUGUGGGGCACAGUGAAUCUGCUGAACCAGACCAUGCUGCCAGCCAAGUUCUCCUGGGGAGAGUUAAUAGGGAAACAGGCAUCCCAGUGCUCGGCCACCGUCUUCCCAUCCAGUGGGAUUGUGGGUCCUAAAGAAACAGAGCAGAUGAGUGUGGAGUUCACAGCUCACACUGAGAGUGAACUGACAGACACCGCUCUCUUGUGUUCAGUGACCAGCAUGGAAGAGCCUCUUGUUCUGGAGAUUUUUGCAAAAGCCAGCGGUCUCCAUGUCACGUUCUCUGUACCAUCUGACAGCCCUGAACAGGAGUGGCAGGAUCCUUCUAAACUGCUGUUAGAUUUUGGAGCACAGCUGUUAAACAGCAAGGUGAAACAGCAGCUGAUAAUCACGAACCACACAGCGAUCCCUGCCCCAUUCUCUGUGGAGGCAGAGUAUUUCUGUGGGCGCCUCCCCUCCCCUCCGGCAGACUCAGCCAGGAACUCUCGCGCUGCACUCAGGACCUCUCUAGUGAGAAAACCAUUAAGUAAUAUCCUUGCAAGCAAAAUGGAAAACAGAAGGCGCCAGGAGCUUGAGGCUGCUUUACUCUCCCAUGGAAAGGGAGCUGUGUUCUUUAUUGAGCCCUCUACCGGGACUCUGGGUCCAUUCCAGAAGCAAACCAUAGAGAUCACUGCAUUCGCCAACAUGUGGGGAGAAUACUGGGAUAAUCUCAUCUGCAGGGCAGGGGAGCUGGAUCCUGUGACCAUCCCAAUGCAGAUCUCUGUCAAGGGCUGCCCACUCUACUUCCAGAUGACAGGACCACAGAGGGACAGUCAGACCCAUGGGCCAAUAGUGAGGUUCGGGACUCAUAUCUCUGGAGGAGACACCGUUUCACGAUCUUUAAGAAUCAACAACCCAAGCCCUUACACUAUCCGCAUGGACUGGGAGACUUUGAACCAGGAGAAGGGGGACUCGAAGCUCGUGGAUCUGCUGGUCUCGUACGGCGAUGCCUUCCCUCUGAAAGACGCAGACGGGAACGAGGUCAUUGGAGGGAGAGUUGGGUCCUGCGAGAGCAGGAAGCAGAAGUGGGACUGGGACACCCUGCCCAGCACUGCAGGGACCUCCUCCUCAAUGAGGACUGACCACGAGGAGGAGGAGGAGGAGGGGGAGGAAGGUGAGCAAGGUGAGCUCGAGGAGGUAAAUAAAGCUCAGUUGAAGAAGAUAAUCUCUGUGAACCUGCAAGCUCAUGAGGGCACCAUCUCCGACUAUCCCUACUGCAUCACUCCCAGACAGAUACUUGUUCCGGCAGGGGGCAGUGCUACUCUACAUGUGUCCUUCACUCCCUUGACCCUGUCGGAGAUAGUGAGUGAAACUGAGUGUGCCGGAUUCGCCCUGGGCUUCCUGAGCCUGGACAGCAAGGUUGCUGGCUGCAUUCCUGGGAAGGUGGAGCGUGCACAAGGAUAUGAGCUGGAACCCCUGAGGCUGGACCUUCAUGCCUUUGUGAAACCUGCCUUGUUAACACUGGAGCUUGAAGACGAGGAGGAGGAGGAAGGGGUGGUGUUUUAUGCCUCCGCCAGUGAUCUGAUACCAAGAGAUCCGCACACAAAGAUCCUGCUGGAAUCUGUGACGACUCGCAGGCUGAGGCUGCUGAACAACACGGAGACGCCUCUGUACUUCAGGCUGCUGGCACCAGAGCCCUUCAGCGUGUUGCAUGUGGAGCCCAGGGCUAGUAUGGAGACCUCACACAGUGACAGGGAGGAGGAGGGGGGGCUUGUCCUGCACCCCCAGCACAACAUGCAGGUGACAGUGGCAUUCCGCAACUCUCUGACUCUGCUGACCUAUCAGAACCAGACAGAGAAUCAGCUUCCUCGAGGAGCGGAACUCAUCCAGUCUGAAAGAGGAGAAAGAAAACUGCGCUUCAGCCAGCAGCUCGUAGUGGAGUACAGCAACAAGAGUGCACAGCUCAUCCCGCUGUGUGCGCACCUCACAGUGCCAGUGCUGCAGCUGUCCCCCCACUCGCUCGACUUCGGGACCUGCUACGUGGGACAGACUCGGGUUCAGGAAGUGUUCCUGUCAAACACAGGCGGCUCCAACAGCUACUGGACGGCUCUGAUAGACCAUGGCGAGACCCCUGGUGUAUUUGCAGUGUCUCCAGACAGCGGGACUCUCGAUGCUCACAUCGUCCACAUCUCAGCCAGCAGGGUGGCACUUCAGAUCAGCUUCACUGCAGGAGACAGCACUGAAUAUAAAGCCAUGCUAACAGUCCACGGGAUGCUUGGUGAACGGAUGGUUAGAUUAGAGGUCAGGGGGAGAGGAUCACAUGAUGAAAGAUUUGAAUCCUUACUCACGGAUACCUGCUAAUGCAACAGAGAGGAAUUCACCACAGUUCAAUUUCAAUAGGACCCUAAUUAAUAACCACAGCCUUGUGACUACCUGAUUGAAGGUUGCUAUUUUAGUGACUGCUACAGUAGGUGCAAUUAAUUCUUCUCUCUGUCUGUUACUAUUACAAUUGAAGAGAUUUUUAAUUUAACAUUUAUUCUUUACAAUUCAGUUCUGUGACUUGUCAUCUUUCUGACGAGUGAUUCAAAUAUCCAUUAAACUUUAUUUCUA